AUGGACUAUUGGUUUAACGAAAAAGGCCGGGAAUUGGACCUGGGUGAAUGGAAGACCGCUGACUAUUCGCAAAUGGGGACAAGGGGAACCAAGUGGUGAACACAACGCGGCUUUCAUCUACGAGCUGGACAGUAAUGGCGGAUGGAGCGUGUUUUUUGGUAGUGUUAAUCGUACGCGUUGGGGAAACCUGUACGCCUAUAUUUGUGAGAUCUCCAAAGGUAAGUUUUUUUUCUGCUUUUUUGUUUUUUAUUACUGUUAUUAUAAUUAUUUUGAGUAAACCUAAAGGUAAUUGAAUAGCUGUGUUGCUCAGAACUAAACAAUUUAUUUUCUUUUUGGAAUAAUUAAUUCCUCUGCAUUUUAUUUGUGAUUUUUUUUUUGCAGAUUCAGCUCCUGGACAAAACUUUUCGCAGGACUCUUACCAAGCCUACGUUGGACCACCAUGCGCGCAACAAUAUGGUAAGAGGAGUUGGUCCCUAUAAUGGCGUGAAAUAUGUCCCAAGUACAACAAAUAACCCAUUCUCGAGAAAAAUAAAGCUAAAGAAUGAAAAGAAAAACAUUGCUCGUUAGUCUUUUCCAUUUACAUCAGUUUUAACAAAAGGGAUGUUCGAGGAACCGGUUAAUGUAUUCCAAUAAUGUCUGUUGGCAUGGCCCACUUCAGGUUAAGCACUUCGUUACAGUGGCCACGUAUAGUGUUAAAACACAUAUCGUAAAACCUGUGUUGAAAGGAAACCAAAAGGAUUCUCUCUAGCGUCCACUUAUUACAAAAUAUUCGUUUCAUCCAAGUUUUGAAAAUUGUACAAUGUGACAAGUUUUAAUUUUCGAACUUUAAGCCGUUUGCGUUUCCUGUCAUUCGCUUCCCGAUACUUUAAAAUAUACAAACACGAGCUAAAAAAAAGCCGUGUCACUGUUGUUAUCAUCAGUAUACAUUUUUCCUUUAUUUAUUAUUUCAUUUAUUUUUUCUCAUAGUGUGCCAGCCAACCUGUUUCAAAAACUCCUCUUACAUAUUUUCCAAAAGCGGAGGAGAUUGGGCUUUAAACAGGUUUGUCUGCUCCAGACAGGGAGGUUACUUAGUCUCCAUCGAAACUGAAGAAGAAUGGCAGUUUAUUAGUAAUGAGAUUCAAAAGCGUGUUACUUGGAAUACUAGUGCGUGGCACAUUGGUUUACAGGAGAUAGACAAGGUUUGGACUUGGCUGAGUGGAGAACGACUGAAUAUUUCGAAAUGGCGUAAUUUUAAGCCAGGUGGGAACUACAAAAAGGCGGAAAUAUCCAAGAAUGGAGGCCUCUUUAUGCUAUUUCUUGGUAUGAUGAAAAUAAAUACAUUUGCGAGAUGCCCGGAGGUAAGAUCACAUUCUAACUAUAAAGUAUAUUAG